UUGGACCGGUAGUUCCUAAAGAUUAGCGCGUUCAAACAAACAAACAAACAAACUCUUCAGCUUUAUAUAAUAGUUUAGAAGUAUAGAUAUUCUAGAUAUUCAUUGAUGCAUGUUUCUUGUCGAAUUUUAAACGUCUAUUAGAUUAUAUGUUUUUCUGACAGUUUUACCAGAGUUAUGACUGUGAGUGACAAAUAAUCUACGGCGCAAUGGGGUGGCUGCGAUAGUAAUUCGUACGUCAAACAUAAGUCCGUGUGCGGAUAGCGUGAAGUCUGACUAAGUUGUAUCGAUGAAAGCCUCAUGCACCCGGUCUGUGGUCUCUGCUAUUUACCACGAAUCUACAAUAGUUAUUUAGGUAAUAAAGAAAAAAAUCGACAUAUUCCUUAUCCUCUUUUGUAUCUCCUAUUUUGGAAACUAAGAUAAUAUCGUUGAGCAAUUUCGAGGGAUUUUUCUUAAAAUCUAAGGUGAAAUCAAAAUUGUAAGUGGAAACACUGGCAAGUACAGCUAGUUGUUCACAGUUGUAACUUGUACGGCAAGAUAGAGCGUGAAUGAGACGCUUUAUUCAAUAUUACCGCGUUUUUUUCAUUUCGAAUUUUGAAAAUUUGGUUUGUUUCGUUUUGUACCUUGCUAUGAAUCUAUCUAAGCUUAUAAUUAAAUAUUCACAAAACAAAAUUUGUACGGUAUGUCUAUCAAUUUUCGAAUCUCCAGUGGGAAAAAUGGUAUUAGCAGCUGAUGAUGAAUUUGUUUAUCUUGUUGCAUUUGAAGACUCUAAAAACUUUGAUAAAAUGUUUCAAAACCUUUCAAAAGAAUUAUCGUGUUGUUUUGUUGAAAGCACAAACAAUGUUUUGAAACUAUUGCAAGAGGAGCUUAGCGAUUACUUUGAUGGCAAAGCAAAGAAGUUUUCAGUGCCACUUAAAACAUUCGGAUCGGAUUUUCAGAAGGAAGUGUGGGAGAAACUGAUAGAACUGCCAUACGGAUCGACACAGUCUUAUGGAGACCUCGCUAAAGCUAUGGGUCGGUCAGCUAGCUAUGCCCGGGCUAUUGGUGCAGCUUGUGGAGCUAAUGCGCAUUUAAUCGUCAUUCCCUGCCACAGAUUAGUAGGAUCAAACAACAAAGGAGGAUUCAGUUGUGGAAUAAACCGCAAAGACUGGCUUCUUGAACAUGAAAAGAAAAAUGCCGAGGGGUAAAAUAGGAGAUAAUUAUAUAAGUGCUAAAUACAGUUAAAAUGUUAACUCUCAUUAAACAGCAAGGCUGCCUAAUCUCAGCCCUUUCUUGUACCCUUGGAAGGAGUUAUAAAUAUUCUGUCUGGACAAGUAUCCUUUUAAAUUCAAUUUUGAAGUUCCAUAAAUCUUACUCAAUUAUAAAAAAUAAUAUUUAUGUAGGUACAUGUUUUGAUGUUUGUUAACAUACGCCAGAAACCACUAAACAGGUUAAAUUAGGCAUUAGACAUGUCCCGAUUGUCAUAAUAUAAACUAAAUUUUAUCCAGAAUAGGUGCACAUAGAAACUUUUAAACUGGUAACAUUUAAGAAUUAAGUUUUCAUCAUCAUUUUGACCUGAUUGUUAAACAGGUUGGGCAGCUUUGCUGUGAGUUAUCUGUUCCAUAAUAUGUAUUUCUGCAUGAACAAUUUAGUGUGCAUGUGUUCCCGCUACUAUGCCCGUAAUUGACUUAUCCACCAGGGGCUUAUCUAUACUUUAAAUCAUAGUGUUCAGCUAAACUUCUAAUCCUCGUCGCCCAUUUAUUUGUAUUCAAUUAUAUCCCUGUUUAAUAUAAGCACUUAGUACAGUAAAAGUUUUCCUAUAUUUUAUCUCAUUUUUAUAUUUUACUUUAUAUUUGUUAAAAUAAUUACACAUUUAAACAAUUAUUUUUUCUAACAAUGCAAUACAUGCCAUGUCAACUGAGGGUAAUACAUUUAAAACAUUCUAAAUGAAAUGUAACAUUAUAUUAAUUGAAUUACCUCGGUUUUUUCUUAAACAAUAAAUUAAUUAAAUGGGGAUUUUGACCAGCUACUACACAGCAAUGUAAAAAUGUUUUGUUUUUGCAAUCCCAAUUUGAUUGUGAUGCAGUAUUUAUCUAAGAAGUUAGAGUAUCUUGUCAAACUCCAUCUCUGUUAUUGCUUAGCUACGGUAACCUAGUAAACCAUCAUGUGUAGAAAUACAUAUUAUGGAACAUAAUUAUACAGGUGUAAUAUUUUUUGAUAUUUGGACAUAUAAAAUGAAGAUAUAUUUUAUGUCUCUAGAAUGCUUUCUAAAAUUUGUAUUGGUAAAUUAUAUUCUUUAGUUGAUAUGGAAAAUACUGUAUUCAUGAUUUCUGAGUAUUGGAGGCAUUCUAUUUUUUUUUUAAAGUAAGUAAUAUAGAAAUUUUAUGUACGUAAGUAUAUCAUUUAAUUACAUGUUUCCAUAUAUAUUAUAAUUCUCUUUGAUUACAUGUAUAUGGACAUCAUUUGUAGGGGCAGGAUGGGAGAAAUGUUGAUACCUAGGAUGACAGUAAUAUUUAUAUUUAUAUAUAAAUAAAAUAUCACUAGUUUUGUA